UUUUUUUCAAUAAGCGCCCGUAUUCGCCAACAGGUAGACGUCGUUAUCGUGCGCGAUCGUUUUCCUCCGUCUCCGUCGCCGAACAUUUUUAUUCCAUAUUUAUUAUUAUUUUGUCGUGUUUGUUGUUGUUUCACUGUCAACGACGUUAAGUGCAAUUACACAAAAUAUCAUUAAUCGACAGUUCGCCUCCGUCGUUUUAUUGGUUUUUUUUAUGAUCGUUCGACAUGUUAACGGUGCUACUGUCGUCGCAAGUGCGUGCCAAUGGUUCCGAUAUUUCGUCUGGGCUUUUGGUUUUCGUGACGAUAUAAUGUCACGAAUGUUACGCGAUACGUAGUAUAUUAUUAUAAUAAUAAAUCGAUUCGUGUAGUUUAAAUUAAAGAAUAUUUUUUCACUGUUCCUCUUAAGUAGCGAUUUCCCGCGUGAGCCCACAGUGAUUAGAAAAUGUCUAUUAUAUUAUACCAAUUGCGCAUCACGUCAUGUAAAUGUAAUGCCCGCGUUUUAUUGAAAUUUUGUUGAUGUACCGGCGAACGUGUAACAGCUACCGCGCUGCUGCUUUUCGUCCUCGAACGAGUAAAGUGCCGUUUUUGACGGCCUGAACGAUUGUUGACCCCCCUCCCCGGUAAACGAUCAAACGCCACAUCGUUGUGGACAAUGGCGAACCCAAGAAAGUUUAGCGAAAAGAUUGCUUUGCACAAUCAAAAACAAGCAGAAGAAACUGCUGCUUUCGAGAAAAUUAUGCGCGAAGUUUCUGACGCCACUAAUGUUAAGUUGAUGGCUAAUGGUUGUGAAGAAGUGGUUGUUAAUCCAAACCAACAAAUCCGAGGUCGAUCAGUCGGUUACAGAGAGCGUGGCCGUAGUGUUGGUUCAGUAGGUCCAAUGCGAUCAGAAAAACGAUCAUCUGAUAAGUCACCCUACUCUAGCGGUCCUUAUUUAUCACCUCCUCCUCCUGAUACCAGCUGGAGGCGUACUCAUUCAGAUUCAGCUUUACAUCAGAGUGUGUCGCAAAGCAGUUCUACUGAAUCGUUGGCUCAUUUACACAGUCCUGGAUCUCAGCGCAGAACGUUAAUUGAUAAUCAACAGUAUGAUAAGAAAAGGUACUUAUCAACAUCGCCGGAUAAAAGACCUAGGUCUUGCUGUGACGUACCUAGAGUUCCUGGAAUUCACGUUUUUACUACUCAACAAGAACCAGGCGUUGUUCAAAUACCUAUUGGUAACAAUACUGGUUCAUUACCAGACCUCACUAACUUUCAGUUUUCUCAGCCAAUCCAUGCUCCUCUUGAUCAGGAUGACCAAUAUAACUUAUCAUCUCCUUAUAAUAGCAACCAGAGUCCACUAACAACAGAUGGUUGUAGUCCACAAGGUUCUCAAGGCUCUCAAGGUACUCCGAGCCAGAGUCCAAGUGUCCUAUCCCCAGUAUCAAUUAACAGCCGUACACCACCUACACGGUUUUCAUUUACAAGUUCACCACCACCUGAUUCUCCUAAUCAAACUACCUUGGUCACUUGUGACAUUGUGUUACCAAAUCACCUUAGUGUUCCUUACUUUAUGAACCAUAGGUUACAACGCACAUGUAAGGGAUUUACUGUUGAUAAUAGUCCAGGAAAUGGUAAUUCUGGAGAGAACUGCAAUAAUAAUAUAAAGAUGCAAAUAUUAGGUCAAAAUUCAAAUAUGAACUGUGUGACUGGCCAAAUCAAUGGCAUAAAAAUGAACCCUGUACAAACAGUUAUGUAUCAGCAUAUUCCAUUGUCACCAGCACAACAACAAACUCACCAGUCGUGUGGUAUUGUUAAUGGCCAAACUGAAAUAAAUUCCUCGCAUUUAAACAUAGGAAAUUCCCAACUUAACAAUAUAAACACUUUAGGAUCAUAUAGAAAUCAACAAUCCAACAGGCCAAGUCCACAAUCAUCUCCAGGACUUACAAUUCAAUACGGAAGUUCCAGUCCAUUAUGUGGAAGUCCGCAGAGCCCAUCCUCACCUAGUAAUUCUUCUGUUAGUAGCACUAAUCAACAUCAAAACUAUCAAACGCAAAAAGAUUUUUAUACAAAUCUGACACAAACUAACAAUCUUCAACACCAUUUUGAAAAUUUCUCUAUGCUGGACUGGAAUCAGGUGAUGCAAUCGCUAAAAGAUUCAAAUCCAUCAGCUUGGAUAACUGCCCAAAUACAGCUUGAUAGUCCUGUAUCUACAGGAUUGGAGUACAUGGGCUCUCCGACUAACACAUACUUGCAACAGACUGAAGACUAUGUAAAUUCAGAAAUGACAGCUGAUAUGGGAUAUUUUAGCACUUCACCAUCCCAGUCUCUUCAAUUUCCCAACCAGACUCAUACAACACCUAAUACUCCUUCCAGUAUUCCUGACAUAAUACUUACAGAUUUUUCUAAUGGAGAUCAAUUAGAUAACCAAAAUGAUUUUGUGAAAGAAUUAAAUUCCACAAAUGCAUUUGAUGCCGACUUCUUCACCACUGAAGAAAGCAUUAGGCAGGGUCUUGUUGAUCAAAUUGACCUAGAUCACUUGGAACAUUUACAAAUGUUAGCUGAACCAAUCAAUGAUGAAUCAUCUAACAAUGAUCACAAUCGUCACUUUCAAAUGUAACUUAUUAUAUUGACAUUUUUUAUUCUUUUUUUUUAUCUGUGAUUAAUUGAUAAUAUAUAUCCUUAGAAUUGGAUAGUAAUAGUUAUUAUUUUUAUUACACAAAAGUGCCAGAACAUUUUGAUUAUAACUAAGCUGUUGUAAUUUUUUUCUUGCUAUUUUCUUUUUUCAGUGCCAAAGACUUAAAUUUAUACUUUUUUCUUAUUACAUUAAAUUUGUGUUGUUUUUUUAUGUAGUUACCAUCCGAUAUUCUAAUCAUCAUUGCAUUUUAUAAUUAAUAUUAUACCUUUUUCAUAUUUCUGGAUUUUUUUAUAAUUAUAUUAUAAUAAUGUACUGCACAAAUUUCAAUAUCCUUAGCUGCCGAAUCACAAUUUUAGAACCUAUGGUGCAUAUAUUGUAAGAUUAAUAUGACAAAUAUGUAUUUUUUAUACAGUAUAUAUUUAAUACUUAAUUAUAAUAUAAUGUUAAUAAGUUCCCUCUCCCACCCUUAAUUGUUUUUGUAAUAUAAUUUUUUUUUUUUUAUUAAUAAAAUAUUAAAUUUUAAAAUUAAAAGACAAUGUUCAAUUAAAUUAAAAGAUCUCGUGUUAGAUGUAUUUUUAUUAAUAUUCUAUGUGUACAUACAUACAUACAUACAUACAUACAGACAGACAUACAACAUACAUAUAUUUAUAUUAUAAUAUACAUAAAUAUGCACACAAAUACAUAUACAUAUAUUACAUGUAUGUAUGUAUGUAUUUAAGUAUGUAUAUAAUAUAAUAUAUGUGUGUGCGUGUAAUAAUUUGUUUAAGCCUUUCCAUGGCAAAUUUGGUAUGCAUGUUUAUAAUUGUGUUCGUUUAAAUGUGCCUUUUAAUUUUUAUUUUUUAAAAUUUUACUCAAAAUGAAUGUUGAAAUUAAUGAAAAACAAUUAUCAUUAUAUAUAUAUAACAUAUGUAUAUUUAUAUAUAUGUGUAAUAUGUAUCUUAUAUAUGAGAAAAAUAUUAAAUCUCAAAUUUAAUUAAAAAUAUUGGAUGUUAUAGAAUAAAUUUAGGAAAAUUUGUUCUUUAUUUAAAAUUAUAUUUUCUUUCGGUUUAUAAACCAUGUAUAUUUUUCCCUGCAAAUCAAGUAAUAAUAUAUUUCUUUACUAAAGACUUAGUAAUGUUAUUCAUAAAUUUUUAACUUUGCUCUUAUUUCAAUAGAUUUAUUUUAGAAUAAAAAUAAAUAAAUACUUAGUUAUCAUUUGUAAAUAUUUGUACAACAUGAUUGUACAUAUUUAUUAUGUUAAUUGGUUAGGUAAAGUAUUUGGAACUCUGUUAUGUUUUACUUAUAAUAUUUAUUAUUACAUAUUGUAUGUAUAAAGAUAAAUAAUAUAUAUAUCAUUUAUUUAUAUUGAAACAUUAAACUACCAUUCACAUUUUAAAAUUAUAGCUUUUUAUAUAUUCUGAAUAAUUAAUAUUUCGAACAAGAUGCAACAUUAUUACAAAAUUAUUCGAACAAUUACAAAUAGUAUAUAACUAAAAAAUACAAACAUAAAAGAGUUCUAAAUCCUUUAUUUAGUUAUUUAAUUAGCAACGUUAAAAAUUUUUAAUGAAUAAGAAUUCCUACUUACUUGUUUUACAAUUUUUUAUAAUUAUUCAAAAAAUAAAGUUUAGGAUUAAUAUAAAUUUGGAAUUUUUAUUGUUCAUUAAAAAAUAAACAAAAUCAAUUCUUAGCUUUUUGAUUUUGUUGUUUUAUAUAGUGUUGAUGUGCAAAAACUAUGUUUGUUGAACAUUUCAUGAAUGGAGUUGUUUUCAUUUCUGUACUUACUAAAUACUAAAUACUAGUCAAUAAAAAUCAAUACAACUUAAAUUCUGUUUUUUUUUUUUUUUUUUUUUUUGUGAAUUAUUUAUUAUAUGAAGUGUUUAUUUGUUAAAAUUGUCUUAAAAAAAUAUAUUUAUAAUGUUAAAAACUUAAAGAAAAAUAUUGUAAAAUAAUUGAAUUGAAUUAGAUCAGUGUUUCUCAAAUGGUAGUAUAAUUUUGGCCCCAAAAAAAUCAAUAAGACAUUAAUUUGUGAGUAAAUGUUUAAUUUGAAGUAUUCUUGUGCAAGAACGUCUUGCCACGUAGAUGGUUUUUUUCUGAAAAUAAUAAGACUGUUGACUUUAUGGGGUAAUUUUAAGAUCAUUUUUCCUUUAGAUUUUUUAAAUAGUAAAAUCCCUUAGCACACAUGAUAUACGUAUAAAUAAAAAUAAAAUGUCUUCAAAUUAAAUUUGAAUCACAGGGUUUUCGUUCGGAAACACGCCAAACGUCGUGGUGCCAAAGAUCAAUUGAGAAACGCUUAGAAGUUAUUGACAACACUAGUCAAAUUUACCUUGUACUUUUUUUUUUUUUUUUACGUAGGUAAUUGAUUGAUAAAUAAUGAAAACCUUAUUUGUACAUUGUCAUUUUUUUACUAUUAAAUUAAUUUUUAAUUCUUUAAACUUA